CCCCCCCUUUUUUUUUUCUAUAUUCGUUGUCUUUCACAUAAUCACAUUGACAUCCGAGUUUACUGAUAUGUAAAUUGAAUGUAUGUAGGUACUUUUCUUAUUGUCUCACAGCCCAACAUUCCCUCUUCUCCGUCUCCGUCUCUGUCUUUAUCUUUUAUCUCUCUACUACGUACUCUACAUACCUCUCUCUCUCUCUCUUACCUCCGGAUCCGAAACCCACAUACCUACCUAAUCCCAUUCCAUUCCAUUCCAUCCCAUCCCAUCCCGCACCAACCAACCAACCAACCAAUCAAUGGCUUCCUCUUCCUCUUCCUCCUCCCCUUCCCUCUCCUCCCCCCCCCCUCGCCGCCGCCUCAUAGGCGUCUCCACAAAAAUGUACUUCUCCGCCUCCCGCACCUCCGCAUACGUCCGCUCGCUCCUCUCAAUCCUCUCUUCCCCCCACCCUCCUGGCCCCCCCUUACUCUCCGCCCUCGACAUCUUCAUCAUCCCCGACCACGUCACCCUCUCCUCCGUCGUCGACCAGCUGCGCAGCCACAGCCACAGCCACAACCACCCGGACACCGUCCUCCUCGCCGGCGCCCAGGACGCGCACCACGCCGACGCAGGCGCGUACACGGGGUGCGUCUCCCCCGCCGUCCUCGCCGAGGUCGGGUGCCGCAUCCUCGAGAUCGGGCACGCCGAGCGCCGCCGGCUGUUCGGCGAGACCGACCACGACGCCGCGCUGAAGGCCGUCGCCGCCGUGCGCAAUCGCAUGAUCCCGUUGAUCUGCAUCGGGGAGAGGACGAGGGCGGGCGGGGAUAGCAGAAGCAGCAGCGACGAGGAUGGCUACAGCGACGAGGCAGCAGCACAGACAGCCAUGGCAGAAGUCGCCCCCCAAGUCUCCGCCGUCCUAUCACACCCGGACCUGCCCCCCACCGCCGAGGUGAUCCUCGCCUACGAGCCCGUCUGGGCCAUCGGCGCGCCCUCGCCGGCACCCGCGUCGCACGUCGUGGCCGUGGCGCGCCGGAUCCGCGAGCUGGAGUGCGUGCGUGGUCGGCAGGGGGGGGCCACGACGCGGAUCCUGUAUGGUGGGAGCGCGGGGCCGGGACUUUUCGCCAAGUUGAAGGACGGUGGGGUUGAUGGGCUGUUUUUGGGGAGGUUCGCGCAUGAUCCCGAGGAGUUUUAUAGGACGAUUGUGGAGGUUGCUACGGCUUGAUUCUUUGCGGCAGGUGAUGGUGAGUUGUUGGUAUAUAUCAGCCCCUAUUUAGAUCAAAAAGACUAUCCGGAUAGGUACUCCAAAGAAUGCAAAUAGCAAGUAAAAUCGGCACCAAGUCAAGUGAGUCAAC